AUGCUAACAACAAAAUGGCGUCGACUACUACUACUACUACUAAUAAUAAUAAUACAAAAUUUAAACUUGGUAUCUAUUGGGACAUUGAAAAUUGUCCAGUACCUGGAUCAAAAUCACCAUCAUCGGUAGUCAAAUCGAUUCGACAAUUUAUCAAGGUAACUUACCCUGAAUACGGUUAUCCCAGUGAAUUUCUAAGCGCGUGCGAUGCACGUAAACUAGACAAACACGUAUCCGAUGGUUUGAAUCUAAUGGGCGUAACCAUUGUACACGUUGAUAGUCUAGCAAAAAAUGCUGCUGAUGAUAAAUUGAAAAUUUCAAUUGAUAAAUUUAUUGAUCAAUCCAAUGAUAAUGAUGAUCAUCAUCAUGGUAAUUUAUUGGUUAUUAUAACUGGUGAUAUUAAUUUUUCCAAUUGUAUACAACGUGCCCUAACUAAGCAAUUAAGGGUAGUUGUCUUAUAUGGAUCGGGUAGUUAUUCCCAGAGUCUAAUUGAUUUGGUUGACGAAUCCUAUUGUUACGAUAAGGUUAUACAGUCGGCCGAUCCGAUUGAUAGGAAAAUGGUGGCAAAAAAAUUGAAUAAAGCCUAUCUGAGAGUUACUAAUCUGCCGGACGAUAGACAGGAACGGGAGAUAUUUGGUCGUCUAUCGCAAUUGGUUAGCAACUGUGGCGGUAAGCCUACAAAAUAUGGGAACGGUAGGGCAUGGAUCAGGUUUGCCUGCAAACAGGAUGCGGAACGGGCUAUACAACGAUGCAAUGGUGAAGAUUGUUUCGGUAGGAAAAUCAAUGUCCAACUAAUGGAUAACAAUUCAAACGACAAUUCAAAUCAUAAUAAGACUACUAAUAAUAAUAAUCAAGAAAAAUAUGAGACAAACAAAUCGAUAAUCACUGGACUAUCAGUUAGUAAUGAUAACAAUUGUGUCGAUGAUAUGGUCCGCAAAAUGGUUACCGAUUGGGACGACCAGAAACUGGACCCGAAUUCACUAAUAGUUAGUACAUUAGUCCAGGAAAACGGUAGUCUAAUAGUAACGGCCAGUAGUGUUGACAGUAAUAAUCGGUUGAUAGCCGGAGCUAAACGUUAUCUAUUAAAACAAGAUAAGAGUAAACCCAAGAUUUCGUGGCUACCGUUCCGCGAAUCGGAUAAACCAAGCGAUUUGAAGGCAUUUAUCAGAGGUUUGUACACCAAAAACGAUGAUAACUGUACCGAAAUUGUGAGGAAAAUAGUUGACGACUGGGCCGACAAUCAGGUGACCCGAGAUUAUGUUACGGCUGUUAUCAGGACAGCCAAAGCGGACGGUCGGAUCAAACUGUUGGUUACAACCGAUAGCCGCCAGCGUAGGGAUGACCUGCUAGAGGCCAGUAGUCGUCAUCCCGUCACAGGUAUCGAAUGGAUAGAGUGUUCGCCGGAACAUAAAAAAUGGUCCGACGAUUGCAAAUCGGUUAUCAGUGGUCUGGAAACCACCAGUGACUGCGAUCCGCUAGAAGUGGUCAGACAGUUGGUCACCGAUUGGUCUGAUAGUUCACUCGAUGGCCAGGAUUUGGUACGGCUUGUCAGCCGUGACGGUAAUUUCCGCGGUCGCGAUGGCCGAGCGCUGCUGUUUGUUACGGCCAGCAGUCGCGAGGCCAAUCAGGCACUGGUCAACGGUGCCCGAAAAUAUUGGUCAGCCGAUAGCUGUCGCAAGUGGUCGCUAUAUAACCGAAAAUAAUUG